AUGGCGAUCCAACAGGCAUUACAACCCAAGGACACUGAAUACGAGUACGAGUACGAGUAUGCGGCGGAAUCCAUCGAAGGCGCGCCCAAUAGACGCCGACGGCGAUUAUUAAGCGCUUCUGAAGCCAGGGCGCGAAAACUCCCGGAAGGUGCGGAGGUCAUAACGCAAGUUCAACAUCCAGUCGACUUGCGCGCUGCGGCAAAACGCGCACUUCAGCGAAGAAACGGUACGUCGACGGAAUCGAUCGAAAGACGUCAUCUAUCUGAAAUCGUGGACGUCACGUACGACGACGUUGAGCUUUUCACGACGAAUUGGUUCGAGUCUUUUCCCGCGACGCUACCACUCGCUAUUCGCGACCGAUUCAUCGCUUUACUCGAAGAAUACGUCGUCGAUCCCCAAAUUCGUAUCAGUUUGGACAUCACGGUGGCUUUGGUCGGCGUCGCGACGCCAGGCGUCGGGAUCACGACCUACGAAGCGGCGGCGGAGAACACGAUUUCAAACCAAAUCGUAUUUCACGGCUACGACGCCGCUAUCGAUUUCGCAUCGGCAAUCGAUCCCGCGGUGGCCAUCGCCGGAAGUAUUUCAAAAGGCAUCGCCGUGGCCAACGCCAUCGACGACGCGACGAAAAUCAUCGAUGCGGUCACGAGCAUCGUGAACGAAGUCAAUUCCAUCGUCGAGAGUGAUAUCGCGUCUCGCGAGGCCGAUGCCAACGGCGAGGUUUCCGCGCAGGGUGGUGGAGACGACGCCAACAUGACGUUAACCGAGCGCGUCAAGCGAUGGAUCCGUCCGUUGUCGAACGACACCGCUGUCGAAGGUCCUCGAGGCGUGGACACCGCUCGAGCGACGCAUUUCACAAGCCUCGGCAAGAACACGUCCACAAACGGGGCGGCAGACUACGACGAAUACGAAGACGCCGGCGGUGAGGCGCGAGCGAGCGACUACGUGGACUACGACUACGAACCUCUGGGCGCGGUGAGCGGAACGUACGCAGUCGCCGUUUCGCUCAUUUUCCUCGAGCAGAUCGCACUCAACGGCGGGUCGAUCACUGUAAUUUAA